AUGGCCAGACAUAAUGAAUUUAGUGCAGCAGAGAAGAAAUCAAGUGAUCUUUCGAAUGACAUUCCAACCUUCAAUGUUGAGAAUUUGCAGAGUAACAUGAAAAUUAUAUAUUACAACUGGACUUUUCUGUUUAUCAUUGGCGGGGUUAUUGCUAGAAUUCUUGGAUUCACAAGCUUGACUGGGUUUAUCUUGUAUUUCCUUAUCAUGGCCAUCACUUCAGCUGGGCUUAUGGCAAAGUCUGGGUUUUCAACUCAUUCUUACUUUGAUAGUUGGAAUCGGGCAGUACUAGAUGGAUUUUUUAGUGGGCUCCUUGCUUUCCUUGACAUGAGAAGUUUUGCUUACGACAUCGUGCACAUAUUCUGA